CGUCAGUUAUUUACAAAACAUACCACAAAAGCGAUAUCAACUCGAGAAAAGUGUGUAUCCAGUGAAUUGUUUGUUGAAAAAUUUUCCAACUUAAAAUUAAAGUAAAAAUGUCGCGUUUGUCAGAUUGGUUGAAUGAUUCUGAUUUCUACGAUCCAGUUCGUUAUCAUUACAUCGAUCGUUCGCGUCACUAUCCAAGUGUUGACAUCCCCUUCAGACGUACAUUCAGAUGUUACAAAGACGCUGACGAUUAUUUGAAUCCAGGCAUAUCAAACCUGAAUAUUGGCGAAAGAAAAGCAACGGUCGACAAAAAUUCAUUUGAGCAUUGCAUUGAUGUUGCACACUUUAAGCCAGAAGAAAUCUCAGUGAAAGUGGAAAACAAUUCAGUUUUGGUGCAAGCCAAACACGAAGAAAAACAAGAUGAACAAGGUUUCAUUUCACGACAAUUUACACGACGAUAUGACCUACCGAAAAAUUGUAAAGCUGAAGAUGUCGUAUCAAGUCUUUCAUCCGAUGGCAUUCUUUCAAUUAAAUGUGCCAUUCCAGUGGUCAGCGAGAGUGCCGAUGGCCGCCAAGUGCCGAUUCAACAAACAGGACAACCGUCACAAUCGAGCACCAAGAACAAUGCGGACAAAAAUGAUGGAAAGGAAACACCAGUUGCAUAAAUACGACAUGCUUUGAAACUCAACAUCACGAUUUUAAUUGAAUAAGAUAUAAGAAAAAUUGUUAUUGAAUUUUCAAGAGAAAAAAUGUAAUAAAUUGAUUGGAUCAAAAGCAUGAUAGCUUGAAUUCUGUCA